UUCCUGCACCCUUCAACGCAACACAAUUGUACCUUCUUUUUGUUUUUUUUUCCCCCACUCAACCCCCAUCAUGGCGAGUUUUCGUCUUUCCGUGCAAGGGCUGAACAACUUUAACGCUCUUUAUUCGUUGCACCCACUGUGAUCUCGCUCUCGGCCGUGGGGAACUUUAUUUGCACGCGAGGGAUGGCCGCUGCCAGGCUGGACUAUGUUGCACCGUGGUGGACCUACUGGCUGCACAAUUUCCCCCACUACAACUUCUCCUUGCAGCCCGUGGACAAGACUUUCACGCCGGAGCAGCAGGACUACCAGCAGUCUGUGGUGGUUCUAGCUUGCGUAGGAGCGGUGGGCCUCAGCCUGAGUCUGUCGGUCUUGACCAUCUACCUGGUGUGCCUGUGUUGCUGCCGUAGGGACUUGGACGAGGACAGCAAAAGGCCCGAACGGAGCUGCUGCGUGACCUGGACUACUGUCGUCACGGGUCUUAUAAUAUGUUCAGCCGUAGGGGUGGGUUUCUAUGGAAAUAGCGAGACCAACGACGGCGUGUACCAGUUGACCUACUCGCUCUACAACGCCAAUCGCACGUUGGGUAGCAUCGACAGCCUGGCCGCUGGCUCCAUCGGCAAUGUGCAGACGGGUGUCAGGCAGCACCUAGAACGUCUGGACGAGAUCUUUGCCGGAAGACCCGACUACCUGCAGGCUCUGCGCUUCAUGCAGCUGAUGGUCGCCAACGUCAUCCGAGAGAUGGCCGCCCUGCCUGACAUCGGCAAAGCCAACGUGGCCUUGGCGCUCAUCGCGGACCAGACAGCCUCUGUUGAGUAUUUCAGAUGGUUGACCUACCUGCUCCUGCUGAUCUUGGAUCUGCUCAUAUGUCUGGCCCUGUGCUUGGGGAUGGCCAAGCAAUCUCGAUGGCUGCUCGUCAUAAUAAUAGUCUUUGUGGCGCUGUCCCUGGUCCUGAGCUGGGCCUCACUGGGAGCCGUCACGGCUACAGCUGUGGGCACCAGCGACUUCUGCGUGUCUCCUGACAAGUUUAUCGUCAACCAAACCAAAGAUUUCCUCACUGCAGACAUUGCACAUUACUAUCUGUUCUGCAGUUCCAAUCUGCCCAAUCCUUUCCAACAGUCUUUGACAAUCUGCCAGCGCUCCGUGACCACCAUGCAGAUCCAGAUCCAGGGACUGCUGCAGUUCUCAGUGCCGGUCUUCCCCACCGCCGAGAGGGACCUUUUAGGCAUCCAACGCCUGUUGAACACCAGCGAGUUUAAUCUCCACCAGUUGACAGCCUUGCUGGAUUGUCGCGGGCUGCACAAGGACUACCUGGACGCGCUAAUGGGUGUGUGCUACGACGGCGUAGAAGGUCUCCUCUACCUGGCUUUGUUCUCUCUCCUGGCCGCGUCCGCACUCUCCGCCAUGCUGUGUGCUAUUUUCCGAGUAUGGACACUAAUGGGCGGCAGGGACAAAGAGUAUGACGACAUCGAUGAAGAGGACCCCUUCAACCCUCAAGCCCGACGCAUGUCCUACAACCCGAGAAGGUCCAACGUUCACAGUUUCUGCAGCUACGCCAGCGAUGUCGACAGCCAGGCCAGCCUCCACCCUCCUCCUCCUCCUCCUCAGUCCGCAGCCAACGUGUUGCCUCCACCGGAAUACAUGAAUCAGUCCAUGCUGUUUGGAGGGAGCCCUCGCUACGAGAACGUUCCGUUGAUCGGGAGAGGAUCCCCGCCGCCCUCGUACUCGGCCGGUAUGAGGACCACCUAUCUGUCUAUGACCGAAGCGCAGAGCAGACACUUUGGGACCGACUUCCAGGUGUAGUCGCAACGACUCAAAGACAGUAGGAAGAACGUUUUUAUGCUUUUAAUCCUAUUUACUGAGCCUGCACCUGGCGUGCCACAGGAGGCAAUUACCUCAGUAACACACACACACACACACACACACACGCACACACACACACAUGCAGUCAUGUGUAAGAUGUAUGUAUGUGUGAAUAAGAGAAACCUUUUAACUGUUUGUUUGUUUUUUUGUUUGUUUUUUUAAGCUUUUUUCCCCUAUAAUCAGGUAGACUGCAUGGUUCAAUUUUAGAGUGAUAAUCAGUCCUACAUACAGCCCUGGUCGAAAGUUUACGUACACUUGUAAAGAACAUAAUGUCAUGGCUGUCUUGAGUUUCCAAUCAUUUCUACAACUUGUUUUUUUGUGAUAGCUUGAUUGGAGCCCAUAGUGGUCGGUCACAAAAAAACAUUCAUAAAGUUUGGCUCCUUUUAUGAAUUUAUUAUGGGUCCACUGAAAAUGUGACCAAAUCUGCUGGGUCUAAAGCAGGGGUAGGGAGCCUAUGGCUCUAGAGCCAGAUGUGGCUCUUUUGAUGACUGCAUCUGGCUCUCAGAUAAAUCUUAGCUGACAUUGCUUAGCACGAUAAGUAAUGAAUAAUUCCGCUGGUAAUCACGAUGUUAAAAAUAACGUUCAAAAUAUAAGACAUUCUCAUGCAUUUCAAUCCAUCCAUCCGUUUUCUACCACACCUGUUCAAUAAAGAACAAUUUUAUUCAAAAGAAUUAGAGACUUAUUACACUCUAAAAAUGUUGGUCUUACUUAAAAAUUGCACGCAUCUAGUUGAAUUUAGUGUGAAAAAAUAUGAUAUGGCUCUCAAAGAAAUACAUUUUAAAAUAUUUGGCUUUCAUGGCUCCCUCAGCAAAAAAGGUUCCCGACCCCUGGUCUAAAGUAUACAUACAGCUGUCAUGAUCCACUACUUGGAUCAUGGCAUGUUCUGGUUUUGUUCUGUUUUGUUAUCAUCCUGUUUAGUAUUUGACGUCCUUAGUUCCUGGUGGCAUUUCCUGUUUGGUUCCGUUCCCAUGGUAACACAUUUGUGUCACCUGCCGUUUGUCUUUCCCACGCACCUGCCUUUGAUUAUUUUCCUCCCUAUUUAAGCCUGCCUUUGUUUGCUUUUCGGCCUCGCAGUGUCAAAGUUUGCUUUCCACGCAACAGGUGACGUCGCUAUCCCGCAUUGUGGUAAAUACCCUUUGUACUCGAUUAGCUUCCAUGCUAUUUUGUUUGUUUGUUCCCCUAGCUCACAUGCUAGCGUCUUUGGUUUCUUCUAGCUCAUGCUAGUUCUGUUGGUUUCGUUUGUUAGUGCCUUCGUGCAAGAGUUUUUGUUCCUAGUCUGUUUUUGGAGUGAUAAAUAAAUAUUUUCUUACCUUUACGCCGUGUCCCUUCCGCAUUGCAUCCACGAGAGAGCGCAACCACACCACGAUGCCAGCUAAGCGUCACAACAGCAAUGUUAAUAUUUGCUUACGUGUCCUUUGGCAGGUUUUACUGCUAUAAGGCGCUUUUGGUAGCCAUCCACAAGCUUCUGGUUGAAUUUUUGACCACUCCUCUUGACAAAAUUGGUGCAGUACAGCUUAAUGUGUUGGUUAUCUGACAUGGACUUGUUUCUUCAGCAUUGUCCACACGUUUAAGUCAGGACAUUCUAAAACCUUCAUUCUAGCCCAGACGUGGGCAAAUUAAGGCCUGGGAGCCACAGCUUUUCAAUCUGGCCCACCGGACAUUCCCAACUUUUUUUUUUAGAUCUUUAAGAUGGGUUUAAGCUGCCAUUAUGAUGUGCAGUGAUGUUUUUGUAAGUCUUGAACUACCGUAUUUUUCGGACUAUAAGUCGCAGUUUUUUCAUAGUUUGGCCGGGGGUGCGACUUAUACUCAGGAGCGACUUAUGUGCGAAACUAUUAACACGUUACCGUAAAAUAUCAAAUAAUAUUAUUUAGCUCAUUCACGUAAGGGACUAGACUUAUAAGAUUUCAUGGGAUUUAGCGAUUAGGAGUGACAGAUUGUUUGCUAAACGUAUAAUUUACUUUUCUCCUCCAAACAUAUUGCUGGGUAUUGUGGCCAAACAGCUAAAUUUGUGUUUCAUCUGACCACAGGACUUUCCUCCAGAAGGUUUUAUAUUUGUCCAUGUGAGGACAAUGAAAAAGGAGGAUUACAUCCAUAUUCUUCAGGACAACCUAAAAUCCUCAGCCCGGAGGUUGGGUCUUGGUCUCAGUUGGGUGUUCCAACAGAACAAUGACCCCAAACACACGUCAAAAGUGGUAAAGGAAUGGCUAAAUCAGGCUAGAAUGAAGGUUUUAGAAUGGCCUUCCCAAAAUCUUGACUUAAAUGUGUGGACAAUG